AGUGCCUCUGCUUCAUCGUGCGAGCGAGGGCAUUUGGAUUCGGAUUCGAGGCGGUGCACUGAAGUGCCUAGCUAGUGCAGGGAGAAGCAGCAAAGCUCUCUCUCUCUCUCUCCCUUAUAUGGGAGCAAGGCCGGACGGGGCGCCGGGGGCUGUGGAGUGCUGCGGCCGCAGGCUGGUACGACUGCUAGCCUUCCUCUUCCUGGUCUGCGCUUGCCUCGUGAUGGCCGCCAUGGUGGCGACGACGGACGGCGGAGCGAGCUUAGCAGGGCCGUCGUCGAACAGCGCUGCGUCGUCCGCCACGAAGACGGGCGGCUCGCCGGCGUGGCGUUCAGGCGGGACGGCCGCAGACGCGUUCCGGAGCAGCGAGAGGAGGAUCCCCAAGGGGCCCGACCCGAUUCACAACAGGCGUGCCGGGAAGACGACGACCGCGCCGCGCCGGAGAGACUAGCUAGCCGGAGGCCGGCCGGGGGCGGCGGCGGCGGCGGCAACAGAAGCUACCACUGCCGGUGCUCAUCGUCCUGCACCUGAAGCAGCAGCAGCAGCUGAUCUGAUCGACAUACAGUUCGUGUUCGGCAGCUAGCCCCUAGCCAUGCUCGGAGAGGUUUAAUUAAUUACGCAGCGGACUCCUUCGAUGGGGGUGGAUUUUUGGUGAUCAUUCUGGGGGUAUGUAUAAACCUGCAACCUACCCUUGCAAGGAUUAGUUUUUCUUCUUCUGUUUUUCUUCUUUCAAGUUUCACCGAGGUGGAGUGGAGGUUGACCGACAUUCUGUUCUUCCCGCAUAUUCUUGUGAGAUUUUGAUUCCAAUCAGUGUCUAUCAAUUCAAUU